AUGGCGUCGAGCAAAAUGGCAUUGAUGGCGGUAGCAAUGGUAUUGGUCGCCGCCUCGUUCGAGAGCGCGGCCACGGCCUACGAGGUGUGUAAAAUGACGCGUAAGGAGCUGUGGUCGUGCAGUCCGGCCGUGAGACGUUCGCCGGCGAGGCCGACGAGGGAAUGCUGCGUCGCUCUUAGAGAUUCCGACUUGAAAUGCUUCUGCAAAUACAGAUACUCUCCUCUCCUGUCGGUCUUCGGAAUCGAACGCAAGCAUGCCGACACUCUUCCCGUUAGGUGCGGCCUCACCGCCGGCCCCGUUUGCUAA